AGAAACUUCUCAGUUCACGCAGACCCACAACUGUUUUGCGUUCAGCGUCACAUUUUCAUAAGCCUCACGUUUCUCUUAAGCAUUGGAACUAGCUGGGUUCGUAAACUGCAUGAACGCUCAGAUGUAAGUGUCAGCGGAGGGGAUCAAAGAUGCACAGUGCCAGCGCUGGAAGCAGUGAUCUUGGGUAUCUGCCCUCAACGUACGGGACUCUUCCGCACUUAACUGUCCCCGAUAUGGGAGUGUCGAAGGGCCAUCCCAGUGGUUCACGCCAUCUUACGGGGACAAAUUCAAGCUGGGACAGAAGAUGUCAGAGGAAGCACAGGAGAAGGACAGAUGAUGAAGGCUGCAGUGCCAAAAGGCAAAAGCUGAUGGAAGUGGUGGGAUCAGACCCUUUGGAGAACAUGUGCCACAAAGCCAGUCAGGGCUGGAAAGUGGAGGGAACCUCCUGUUCCCCCUCAUCCCAGCCCAGUCCUACAGCUCUCAUGUCGGGUCACAGCACGCAGGACAUGGGCCAGGCCUUCCCAUCUGUCUCUUUAGCCCCAGCCAGGCUGGAGAACGAGGGCUGCUGCAUGGAGGUGGAGGCGGCCCAGAGGAAGCUGCAGGAGAUUGAGGAUAGGAUCACUCUGGAGGAUGACAGUGACGAGGAUCUGGACGUGGAGCCAGUGCACCGUAGACCAGUACUGGUGCUAUCCGACAGCCUGAGAGAAGGGCUUCAGCGUGGCCUCUGUGACAUUCUCCCUCAUACAGUAGCACAGUCUGUGAGCCGCUCUUGUAUGGAGUUGGUGCUAUGGCGCCCUCUAGAGGACCCAGUCACUCAACAGCUGAAAGACUCUCUCCAAAGACAGCAACGCAAAUACCCUGUGUGUAGACAGACACCAACGCCCACACCUACUUCGAGCACCCCCCUUUCUGAACAGCCGCAGCCCAAAAGGUCAGUGGAACAGUCCUUCAGUGGUCCCUACUGCCCCCUGGUGACCUCCAGCACGGUGGAGGAGGAUAUGGAACUAUAGACAUUUGCUGACUUUUUGUACACUGUUGGGACAAACUGUGACCUAAUAGAACAGACAACAGUACUGGAUUGCUUCAUCUCUGCCAAAAUGAAGCAUUUUUAUGAAGCUUUUUUUCAAGGUAUUGAACUACAAAGAUGAGGUGAUGGGAGACGAAAUGAAAUGUGAUUUUGAUGCCACUUUUUUUUUUUUUUUUUCCUCCCAGUAUUUUGGUCAUCACAGAAAUGAAUUUGUGCAACAGGGACCAUAAUGCUCUUUCAUGUAAUAUGCACAUAGAAGCAUGGUCUCACAGCAUGGCUGAGUACUCAUUUUCAGCAAAACAGAUUUUAACAUGUUAGGACCAUAGAGAAUACAUAGACUAUGCCUGGCAGUAGUACAUUGCAACAACUAUCACAUCUUCGCUUUUGUCUUUAGACUAAAUGAAGACCUCCUUCCCGCUCCAGAAUGAGUAUUACUCCUUACUGAUCUAAGCUUAGCUCUUACUCAUUAGCCAUACGUCCAGACAAAGAUUGUUAUACAUAAUGAGUGAUAAUUAUUUGCUUGAUAACGUCAGCAGUGCUGUUCCUCAGCAACGUAUGGGCUUUAUAGACAACAUAACAGGCUUUAACACUCAUGCUGGAUGUUGUGUGACCUUACAGUUUAUUAAAUGCAUGGUCGAAGUGCAUUAGCUGCAUUGCUACUGUACAAUUUUUAGGUUCAGAUGCAUUUGGAAAAAUACAUUUGGGGCAUGAGUUUCUGUGUGGUAUGAUAUAUGCACCAUUAGUUACAUCCUCACCAAAUGAUCUAAUGAGGUAAAAGGCAAGCAUUUAUGUAGUAGGUGAUGUACAAACUUGGUACUUCACCUUUGGCCUACAGUAAGUGCAAAUCACAUAGAUAUUCAUUUCAUUCCUCAUUGUUUUCCUGUUUUGAGGGUGGUGGUUGUGGAUUUUUUAUUUUUUUUUGAGGGGGGGGUGUUUAUUUUGCUUACCUGAACCACCACCAUGACAAAAGCAUUAAUGGCCUGUGUAAAAAGUUCUAUGUUUUUCCUUUAUAUAUUAAAAACCAUAAUGCUUUUUAAA